AUGUAUCAAAAUCUCGAGCCUCGGGCUUCGACAUGCUCUUUGCCAAGGAAUUCUACUGAUUCAACGAACGGUGCUACAAAAAUCAAAGGGGAUCCACAACUUGGAUUCUUCAAGCAUGGCAUGGCGCGAAUUCAGGGGGAGAUAAAGCGUUCCAAAGCAGUUUUCACUGAAGUUUGGUUUCUACGUCUCAGCACUGUCCACAUAGCCAACGGCGAUGCCGGUACUACCGUUGCGGCCGGAUGCAAUGAUUCCCAUCAGCCGCCAGCAAUAGGGCAUCGUUGGGCGCCUACCAUUGACUUACAAGGAGUCCGAAGCCAAUGGAGGGAAAUCGGCCUUCUCAUAAACAACCACCAGCAGAAACUGGUAACGAACCUGAAUUGCAUAGAGUCAUGUCGUCCACGGCGAAUAGGCCCUCUUCUCCAGGUUCAAGACCGGAGGCGUUCCCGCAUCAUGGUUUUCGUGGCGCCGACCCCUUUGCUCCAAGGCAGAGACCUGGCGCAUCUUUUGUACAUGCCAUACUGGCCACCGCUCUUUUCCGAUGUUGGCACAUUCUGAUCUUCUUCUCUGGUUGGGCUAUUCUUAUCACCGUCCUGAACCAUCAGCACCACGGCAAGCUCUCCGUUGCCCCAACGCUCCUUACAGUAAUCGGUACUGUGUUGGGUUUCAUUAUCUCUUACAGGACGACAUCUUCCUUCGAACGAUAUAAUGAAGGAAGGAGAUUAUGGUCUCAGAUUAUUCUGGCAAAUCGAACGUUUGCCCGAACUGUUUGGUUCCAUGUACCGGACACUCCGCCUGGGGAACCUCUCACACAGGAGAGGAGGGCUCGGUCGCUCGUCGAGAAAAAAACCGUUAUCAAUCUUCUUGAAGCAUACGCCGUCGCCGUAAAACAUUAUCUUCGAGGGGAAGACGGUAUCUACUACAGAGAUCUCUAUUACCUUGUCAAAUUCCUGCCUGCCUAUCAGCUGCCCGCAGGCAUGCCCUCCGCGGCGGACCUUUUACAAUCAGAGGCGGAAUUGAAUUCUAAGGCCUCAUUCGAAAGCGAUUUGCAAUAUGGCAAUGAUCUCUCAUCCGAAGGGCCCAGGCCAUCCUUUGCCACCCAAGCUUCCGGUCUUCAUCACAGAAAUACCCCGUCAUCACCAGCAAUCUUGCCGCAGCAUGUCAACGAUGUCUCACCCAACACGCCCAGGGGUUUAACAAUAAAUCCAGACGAAGGAAAACAUGUCGGCUUUUCCAAUCUAAUGUCCCCGAGAUAUAUUCCAAGCCGCCGUUCUGUUUACGAGAAAGAUCGUUUCAUCCUGAACAAGACUGAGGAGGAGUCCGACCUCUUACCUGCUUACAUGCCGCCCAAGUACAGCUAUUUCGAUCUCUUCCCAUUCUCUCUCCUGGUCAAGUUCCUCACUGAGAAAGGUAAGGACGUCCGUGGAAAGAAGGCCGCAAAGUGGAGGGCGAGACUGCGCAACCAGGCCGUGUCCCAUAAUCUUCCCUUGGAGAUAUCUUUAUAUAUCAGUUCUUAUGUUGCAAAAAUUCAACAUGAUAAAUUUUGCGACGUACCCACCAACAAUAACCUAAUCAUGUCCCUCAACCAACUCGUUGACAGUCUUACCGGUCUGGAGCGUAUCCUGACUACUCCCAUCCCAUUUUCGUACGCGAUCCACUUAUGGGUUGUCACCAUUCUCUACUGUCUUGCAAUGCCCUUGCAAAUAUGGGCGUCAAUGAAAUGGUGGACCAUACCAGCUACCAUACUUUCUAGCUUCAUUUUCUUUGGAUUCUUGGUCGCUGGUGAAGAAAUCGAAAAUCCUUUCGGGUACGACAAGAAUGAUCUUAAUCUUGAUCACUUCACACACAACAUUAUUCGCAACGAACUGAAGGCGAUCACCUCGACCCCACCUCCUGAUCCUGCGGACUGGGCGUUUGUUCCAGAGAACAACCUUUUGUUCUCUGACAGUAUAGAGGAGCGUAUGUCCCCCAAUGAGUGGCUGUCUAAGGGUGCGGCAGCGAUGCAGGCAUCACUGAGCAGGUUUUGAAGUGGGUAAUAUCGGACUUGGGUUUUAUGGUUGAUACCAAAAUAAUUUGUUGAUUCAUUUGCUUUUGGUACACUCAUGCUCGCCCCUUGCUAUCUGCUCAUUCAUGACCACCGUAAUAUACGCACAAUGUCUCUUUCACGAUUGUCCAUUCUCUAAUCUAAUCAAUGAUCGU